CAAAGCAGCUCUUGGGAAAUCUUUUGUUGUCACAUUGGAGAAUUAUAUUUUUAUCAGUCACACUUUUAACGAUAAGUUAUCAAAUUCAACGCUCACCAAAAAGAGAUAAAAGAUGUCCAGACUUUUGAUGGCCACACCAACGGCUAUACGCAACAAUCGAUUGAAUAGUUGCAUCUACAUAACGCGACAAUUGGCAGCAAAGACACCGAGUAAGCCAACAUCGCCACCCAAAUGCACCAUGACGGAGCCACCGAAGUUGAAGCAUGGAUACUUCCCCAGUGGAGGAACUCACGCCGUCUUCAGUGAUCUGCCCAAGCCGGAGGGUGAUUUUAUGACUGCCUGGCAUGCCAAGAAUUCAAAGUACAAUAUGGUUUUAAUCAGUGGCAUCUUGGCCCUCGUUGGCACCAUUGCCUUGAGUAUUAGCUCGGGAUUACCGUCUUUGAAUGCCACCGUGCCCGACUAUCCGUAUACCGAGGAUGAGAUGGAGGAGUUUGCUCGAGAGGAAGAGCGUCGCCAGGCGGAGAAGGAGGAGCGGGAGCAGCGCAAGAUGGACAUACUUGAGGCCAAGGAAUUGAAGGUGCGACGUCGCAAGGCCAAGGAAGCCAUGGCCCGUGAGGUGGAGCUCAUGCAGAAGGACAUCGAUGAGGGCGUCUCCGAUCAGGAGAUGUCCGAGUUGGUUAGACUGACACAGGAGCGCGAGGAAUUCGAGAGCUGGGAAAAGGAGGAAAUCAAGCGUAUCGAUGAGAAGGAAAAGGAACGCAACAAGCUCAAACAGGAGAGGGAAAAGAUGCAGAAAGAGAAUCAGGCACAGCGCGACAAGGAGCGAAAGCAGCGCGAGAAGGCCUAAAUGAUGGCCCAAAGAAGUCCACAACUAAACGUAUCUACAACACGAAUUCCAAACCAAAUUAGCUUACGCUUUUGCUACCAACAAUUUUACACUCAGUUUGGCUUAAACAUUAAGCUUUUUGCACCACCAACAGCAACAACAACAAUACUAGCUAAAAACAGCUCAACAUCAAACAACAACAACAUUUACAGUCUCAUU